GUAACAGACGACAUUCGACUUUCGACAUAAAACCAGAGGCUUAUUCUUUGUGAAUGAACACAACAUCAACAACGGCAAACAACACUUUCUGCCAUAAACGAGACAGCAAGCACACGAUAAAGCCUACACGAUACAAAUGGAAAACGAAAUACCGGAACAUUGCCCUGGUGUUCAGAGUGAAGCUGCAGGAAAAGCAUCUACAUGUGAUGGUUGUCCAAAUCAAAAGAUCUGUGCCUCUGGUGAAGUUACAGUAGAAGAUCCUAAAAUAAUGGUUGGUAUUCAGGAACGCAUGUUGAAUGUGAAACACAAGAUAUUGGUACUUUCUGGCAAAGGCGGAGUAGGUAAAAGCACAUUAACCAGUAUGAUAGCCAGAGUGUUUGCUCAGGAUCUCACCAAAAAUGUUGCUGUUAUGGAUAUUGAUAUUUGUGGUCCAUCAGCCCCUCGCAUUAUGGGAGUUGAAGGUGAAACAGUUCACCAAAGUGGUUCUGGCUGGUCUCCUGUUUACAUAGGUGAAAAUUUAUCUGUCAUGUCUGUUGGACUACUUUUAGCAAGUCCUGAUGAUGCAGUGAUUUGGAGAGGACCAAAAAAAAAUGGUCUGAUCAAACAGUUCCUGAGUGAAGUUGAUUGGGGCUCAUUAGACUACUUGUUAAUGGAUACGCCGCCAGGAACAUCUGAUGAACAUUUAUCCAUUGCACAGUACAUGCUUCCUUGCCAACUUACUGGGGCAAUAAUCGUCACUUCACCCCAGGAGAUUUCUCUUUUAGAUGUUCGCAAAGAAAUAAACUUUUGCAGAAAGGUCAAUAUUCCAAUAAUUGGUAUAGUUGAAAACAUGAGUUGGUUUGUGUGUCCCAAGUGCAGUAAAGAAAGCGAAAUAUUUCUUGCCACUACAGGGGGUGCUCGUCAGAUGGCAAGUGAAUUUAACUUGCCCUUCCUUGGUCAAAUUCCGCUCGAUCAUCGUCUUACUCAAGCAUGUGACGAGGGGAUCGAUUUCUUCGAAGAAUAUUCAGAUUCUGCUACUGCUUCAGCAUUUAUUCAGCUUGUUAAAGAAAUCAAAGCACACAUCAAGGAGUGAUUUAUAACUAGCUCGGUGCACCGAGCCAAUUGGUUCCUUGGUGCACCCGCAACCAAGAAAUAAAUCAAACCUCAUCAACGUUAAUUUUUCUACAGAAAAUCGGUGUUUCCGCUCCUUAAAAAAAGAUUUGCUGUAAUGUGUUUUACUUCAAUACAUUUAUCUACACUAUA